AUAGUAAUGGCUAACCAAGAGUUCGAUCUGUUUAUUGCAUACAGUUCUGCAAACACCCAGGCAGCCAAAAGGAUAAUGGAAAACCUGGAAGAAAGGUUUAAGAUCAAAUGCUGCUUUGCCGAUAGGGACUUUCUUCCAGGAACUGAAAUCGCAGUCAAUAUUUCUUUUGCGAUUGAGAAAUCAGACAAAGUGUUAAUGUUGAUCAGUCCCGACUUCGUUGAAAGUGGUUGGUGUUGGUUUGAACAACAAGAAGCGUUCCGGAAAUACGCCCUAGACAAGAGACAUUGCAUUAUUCCUGUUAUGUUGGAAACUGUCGACGAAAUGCCAAAACUGUUACGAAACAUAACUUAUGUGGAUUUUCAAAAGGAAGAUGACCCAGUAGAAAGGAUAUACAAAGCAUGUAUUCACCACACCGUUCAGGAAGAGGCGUGUCAAGAUGAAAAAGAAAAUUCAGGUUUAUGCGUUCCACACUGGGGUGUUUCUCGUCAUUUCUACGACUACGAUGAUGAUUUUGUGGAGGCAAAGGAGCGCAUAGAGUUCUUGGAAGAAGAAACUGAUUUAAAGAUAUUACAGAAAUACUUUGAUGACGCAGCUGAAAAAAGUGAUUUUGAUCUAUUUCAAAGCAUAUUGGAGAACAAGCACAUGAAACUGAACCCCAAUAAUGUUUUCAAAGUUUGUGUGCAUGUUGCUGGGAACAAAUUAACUCAUGAGCUUAUUGAUACAAUAUUUCAAAACAUAGACAAGGGGUUUUCUUACAGACACUUUAAGAAUGCAUAUCUUGUUGCCUGCUUAAAAGGACCUCCAUAUUUGGUCUCUAAAUUUGAUGAGCUGGGGUGCAAGAACCUGAUAGAUGCCUCAUUUAUUGAAAGCUUGAUCCCCGGAAGUCCCUUCUGUGCCACUGAGAAAAAUGAAAUGAACAGACUUGUAUAGAGGUUCUUCACAGAGAAAAGUAUCGAGGCCAGGCAGAUUUGCAAGUUGCCUUAUUGAGAUCUUGUAUGAUGAAGAUGACAGCCUUAACAAGAGAAAUAUUAAAGCAAGGAAUUAUCUUAGAACCAAAUAUUUUCAAUAAAAUGGAUUUCA